AUGGGGACAUCGUCCUACGAGCACGGGGAGGACGCGAUUCCCCUGGGCCCAGACGCUGGGAACGAGCCCGGGAAGGGCAUCGGCCGCCGUGGAGGGCGGCGAGACCCUCGGUCCCCCCUGCCUGCCCAGGGUGACCCAGAGCCGCCGGUGCAGGGAUGGGUGCGGAGCCUGCGCCGGGGGGGCGAAGGCACGCGGGGAGGGGGCAGCCCCACGGCACGGCCACGGCCGGGGGAGCGGGGCCAGCCAGAGAACGGCACCGAGUGCCGGAGCGGUUACGUGCGGCACAACAGCUCCUGCCGCUCCAUCUGCGACCUCGUGCCCAGCUACUGCCACAACGGCGGCCAGUGCUACCUGGUGGAGAGCCAUGGGGCCUUCUGCCGGUGCAACACGCAGGACUACACGUGGCACAAGGGCACGCGCUGCGAGGCCAUCGUCACUGACUUCCAGGUGAUGUGCGUGGCCGUGGGCUCGGCCGCCCUCGUGGUGCUGCUGCUCUUCAUGCUCACCGUCUUCUUCGCCAAGAAGCUCUACCUGCUGAAGACGGAGAACAGCAAACUGCGCAAGACCAAAUACCGCACCCCGUCCGAGCUGCACAACGACAACUUCUCCCUCUCCACCAUCGCCGAGGGCUCCCACCCAAACGAUGACCCCAGCGCUCCCCACAAGCUGCAGGACUCCCUGAAAUCCUGCCUGAAGGAGGAGGAGCCAUUCAACAUCCACAACUCGACGUCGCCCAAGCACGACGGCGGCAAAGGGGAGCAGGACGGCGGCGAGCUCAACUGCCUGCAGAACAACCUGACGUGAGCAGGGGA